CGCCGUGCUGAGGGCGCCGGCAAGAGCGGUGCGAGCCAGUGGUUGGUGGGGCCGGUGUGUUGGGCGGGCGGGCCGGAGGCUGGGUCGCCUGAGCACGCGGCUUUCGGCGCCCUGACCCACGCUCGGCUGGUGGCUCUGCGGAGGGACACGGCGGGGGCUUCAAGCGGCCGCACGGCGGGGAGCGGCGGCGGCGGCCUCACGUCCUGAGGUAUCCUGGGUCGAGGCCUCUGGGGGCGGGGCCGGGCAGUCGGCUGGGCCUCCUCAACGUGGUACGCGGCGGUGAGCGCCCCCCGGGGCGGACAGAGGUCACCCCGCCCUUCGCUGUGCGCCGGUGUCCUGCAAACCCUGUCUGUGGAGCGGUUUUCCAGCCUCCGCUCUGCCACCUUCACCCUUUGCUCUGCCUUUACUUGGACGCCGGCCGGGAGGGGCCUGAGAGCCCCCGCGCUCGGACUUGAUUCGGAAACGCGCGGCGCCCUGCUUCUCCCCGGGGACCGCGUGUCGCUCCCUACCGCCGCAUUCGGGAGGUUCAGCCAGACUUCUCUCGAGAGGGCCGUUCUCAUCUGUCAGACUCUGAAGGAAGGGGCAGCCCACACCUGUUUAGGAGAAACACCUUCCUGAGCACAGGCUCCGGACGUGCAGGCUCAGCGGCCAUGGCUCACGGGCCCAGCUGCUCUGUGGAUGUGGGAUCUUCCUGGACCGGGGCACAAACCCGUGUCCCCUGCAUUGGCAGGCGGACUCUCAACCACUGCGCCACCAGGGAAGCCCCUGCCCUCUACUUUUAUUUGCACUCAUCUGAAGUAGUCUCUAUAGAAGCUGAAAUCCAUCAAGCUCCGUUCUUCAGAAUGCAAUGGAACGUACCAAAGACUGUAUUCCGACUGGCACAUAGGACAUGCAUGGAACCAGAUAAAGCUGGUCUUUUGGGACACUGUCAAAACAUGAAGGGACCAUUACUUUUGUAUACCUCAGAAUCCAGAGUGGUUUGGGUACAGGGCCCUCAGAAACGAUGGCUGCACUUACCUGCUGCCCAGUGUGUUGCAAAGGAAAGGAAGCCAUUCAUUGCUCACCCACCCCAACCAGGGAUCCUUCAUAAACAGUGGGAGCAGGAUAUCUUAUCCAAGAGGGUUCUGUCAUCCAGUGCUACAUCCCCAGGAACUCCCUCUGAAAAAAAGGAAGAACCUGAUCCUUUACAAGACAGAUCAAUUAGUCUUUAUCAACGAUUUAAGAAAACAUUUAGACAAUAUGGAAAAGUUUUGAUUCCAGUGCAUCUAAUAACUUCUGGUGUUUGGUUUGGAACGUUUUAUUAUGCAGCCAUAAAAGGAGUGAAUGUCGUUCCUUUUCUAGAACUUAUUGGGUUACCUGACAGCGUAGUAAACAUUCUGAAAAAUUCCCAGAGUGGAAAUGCACUGACAGCAUAUGCCCUGUUUAAGAUUGCAACGCCCGCGCGGUACACUGUGACCCUGGGGGGGACCUCCUUCACUGUGAAGUAUCUGCGCAGCCGUGGCUAUAUGUCGACACCACCCCCUGUGAAGGAGUAUCUGCAGGACAGGAUGGAGGAGACAAAGGAGCUCCUCACAGAGAAAAUGGAGGAGACAAAGGACAGACUUACUGAAAAACUGCAAGAAACCAAAGGAAAGGUUUCUUUUAAGAAAAAAGUGGAAUAGGGUGCCUUAUAUACCAGGUUAUAGACAGUUCCUGCACUUUAACCCUUGGGGACUGGACAAAGGUACAUGCUCUUGAUUAUAUUUUUGGUUAGCAGCCUAAAUAUAGCAGUUCUCUGAGGGUUAAAGAACUAAGAUAACUUUUUAAAGUUGAACAUCACUAGAAAAAUCAGUGUUUUUUGAAAAGAAAAAAUGAACCCAGUAUAAGAAUUUCAUGUCAGUAGCAGCGUUAAGCAGUGGUCCAUGUCUUCAGUCAUCCUUGCUUUGUGUUUAGAUAGCUGCUGACUCCUUGAAUAGCUGGUGCGGCCCUACACAGAUUUAACACUAGGUCUUCAUCUUUUUUGUUAUUUGAGGUUUUAACGAUAUUCACUUCUCAAUGUGGAGACAAACUGUUAUCAUCAGAACUGCCUGUGAAUAAGAGGAUAUUUAGUCUUUCUCUAAAGAUAGUAUAUAACGGUUACAUACCAGUUAAAAUGUAGACUUCAUAUAAAGAAAGCUGAAUGAAAAUUGGGUCAUAUAUAUGUAAAUAAGAUGUAUUGGUUAUAUGUAAAUGAAAAAUUGACCCUUUAAAAAUGAUUUUUACCUGAAGCUUGCCAUAAUCAAAUUUUUUAAGCAAAUCUGUGCGGUCAUAGCACUUUCUCACCUAGAAUGUAAAACUGUUAUUCCUGCAUCAUGUCUUCUCCAACUGAUCUCUCAGAGGAAAAGGGAAAAUCAUCACACCUUAAGUUUAUGGUGGAGAUCAGAUACGCUUAGCAGUGCCUGCAGCUGUGGUUCUCGGCAGUGCAGGUUUGGGAGGAUGGGACCUGCCUGUCCCUGCCACCUGGUCUCCACCAGCCAGAGUCGGUCUUGAUUCCAUUAUGCAGUAAAAUUAUAAGAUUGUAGGCUGCUGUUUUCCUCUUGCAUUGAAACAUACUUGAGCAUUUUACUUGAAUUUUUUAAAUAGCAAACUGUCAUUAAAACCUGCUUGGAAUGAAAUUCAGUUGUUUUCAGAUGUGAAAGUUGCCACAAUUUGUGUGGGUGUGUUUGAGGAUGUGUUUGUAUGUUUCCUUUUGCUCUAACUGCCUUUACUUCAGUUCUAACCUUUGAGUUGAAAGAGGGAACGGCCUCUUUCUAGAUUGUCUUUGUUGUGAGUGAUCUGAUAAGGCCGCAGGCAUCACUGCUGUGAGGCAGGGUUUCCGUAUUAAAUACUGAGUUUGGCCAAAUUUAGAGAAUACUUUAAAGGGAAAAAAAUGUUUGCAUUUGAUAUGUCUCAUCAUUAUAUUGGCUGUGCUGUGCUUGGACUCUUCUUUGUGGGGGUGGGUAGAGUGGUGAGGGGGCAGGGCUCACUCUGCCACAUGCAGGCCCGAUCAGGCAGGAUGGUUUGUCUCCUGAUACAGAUCAAACGUGUGAUUUCAAAUUGACAGCACAUUUUCAAAUUCAAAAACAGUGAACAUGUUUUAGCUUGUUUAUUAAAUAAUUCACAUUUUUGCAUAUAUUAAAUGCUAAGAUGGAUAUUAACAAAUUUCUUGUUUGUUUAUUUUUAACCACUGAGACUGCUCGGUUUAAAAUCAUGUGUUAUGUGAAACUUUCUUUUUACUUUUCACAUUGCAUAGGGCGUGUUUUCCAAUGAGGAUAAAUUGUGGGUCUUAGAAGCACUAAUAACCCUGAGUUUCCACCUUUGGUUCAGCCUGUUUGAGAUUUGUUGCCGUCCAGUUUCAUAAUUGUGUUGUGUUUGUCCAGUUACAGAAAGUGAGAUAAUAGGGAGUGCUUUGAAAUUCUCUAGUAAAACAUUCUCUGAAGGUGUAAGAAGUUCUUUUGUCAUUAUUUGGUAUCAGGAAUAUCUGAUCUUGUCAAAUGCUGCUGCUCUCAUCUUGCUAACCUAGUCCUUAAGGGAAGCUACAAAGAGCCGAAAGGGGGACCCCUGGAAUAUGCGUGUAGAGUAUUCAUAGCAGGCCAGCAGCACAUAGUGGGCAUUGAGUUAAAUUAUCCGUGUGUGUGUGUGUGGUAAAUAUCAUAACCAUUUCAUUUACAAUAAGCCUUAUACUUGCUGUGUCUGGUGUGCACAUCUGUAUUUAAGUAGGAUUUUUGACAGGGUAAAGACGGAGCCAUGGCUGAGAUUUAAUUUAACACCUAUAAAAUAGAUAAAAAGUGUUUGCUCAGCAAAUUAACAAUUGAAAUGAAAAAUAGAUUAGGUAAAAAAAGACUUAGUUUAUUCAAGAAAAAUAGCAAAACCAACCUUUUAAAGUACCACAAAAAUGUCUCUUACUGAACCAACAUUUUGCAUACAGUAGGGUGCUAUUUGCAGAUUCCAACAAAGGAGAAAGAGUUCAUGUAUUAAGGUCACCUUCCUGCCACUAGUAAAAAUAAUAAAACUAUGCCUUCAAAUAUAAUCUUCAGCUUAUUUGUUAUAGAAUCUGCCUUCCAUUUAUUUACAGAUGGAAGACGUUACUGUAGUCCUUUAUGCUCUAGGAAGCAGUGGAGCUAUUGGCUGUCUUAUUUCAGUGACCUCAGAAGGUAAUUCCAGGAAUUUUAUAAACAUCUUAACAGUUUGGGCAGAAGAGGUGUUUGAAGAAAAGAAGCAAGUUGUACGUUAGACAUAUCUAGCUCUUUCUUGUGUUCUUUCCACUUGGUUCAUCUUCAGGAUUUCUUAUCCAAAUUCAGAUGUUCUGAACAAAGCCACUGUAGAAGAUUGUAGAGUAUGGUGAUGGUAAUGAAAUGGACAGAAAAUGUUUUAGC